CAAAACCCUAGUGAUUUUGGCUCUACGCUCGAUCUGUUACGUUACGAAACCUCCGGCGUACAGCCGAUUAUCAACACAAGCGUCGUCGCGGAUUUCACUACCGAAUCGUCGACAAUGUCGAUGUCUAAGAGCUCCAAGAUGCUCCAGUUCGUAAACUACAGGAUGCGAGUAACGAUCCAAGACGGAAGACAGCUGAUCGGAAAGUUCAUGGCCUUCGAUCGCCACAUGAACCUCGUCCUCGGAGACUGCGAGGAGUUCCGCAAGCUUCCUCCAGCGAAAGGGAAGAAGAUCAACGAAGAGAGAGAAGAUCGCCGUACGCUCGGCUUGGUGUUGCUCAGAGGCGAAGAGGUUAUCUCCAUCACGGUGGAAGGACCGCCUCCUCCCGAAGAGUCACGUGCCAAGGGAGGGUCAGGAGGUGGUGUUGUCGCUGGCCCUGGGAUCGGUCGUGCUGCUGGACGUGGAGUUCCUACGGGCCCGCUUGUUCAGGCCCAGCCUGGGCUUGCUGGGCCUGUUCGUGGAGUUGGUGGGCCUGCUCCGGGGAUGAUGCAGCCUCAGAUCUCUAGGCCUCCGGUUAUGAGACCUCCUGGAGGACAGAUGAUUCCGGGUCCGCCUCCGGCUUUCGGUGGUGGUCCUCCUCCGAUGGGGAGAGGUCUUCCUCCGAUGCAGCAGCCUUACGGUAUGAGGCCGCAGUUUGGUGGACCGCCGCCGCCUCCGUAUGGGCAGAGGCCGAUGGGUCCUCCGCCUAUUAUGAGAGGUCCUCCGCCGCCUCAUGGGAUGCAAGGACCGCCUCAGCCUCACCCUGGAAUGCAUCCUCCUCCCGGUGGGUUUGCUCCACCGCGUUCUGGCAUUCCACCACCGCCGCCUAAUCAGCAGCAGCAGCAGUGAUUAUGUUAGCCAGAGAAUGCGUUUUGUAUUUGUGAGACUGUGAAGGCAAUUUAUUAAGAAUCAGUGUUUCAUAGCUUUAGCCGCAAUCUCUCUGAUCUAUCCUUAAAGUUUUGUAGAUUUGUUGACAAGUGAGUGUGUCUUUGCUUUUAUCUGCUUUUGUUUCUUGUCGGAGAGAUUCCAAUUAAAACUUGUCUCUUGUUAUCUCACCAUCUUAUUUGCAAUC